AUGUUUAUCUUUUAUAAUGCAUUGAGAUAUCCGGAAUCAAGAUUAGCUAAACUAUUCAACGGGAGCAUACCUAUCGUAUUAGAUUCUCUCAAACAGCAUUACUUCAUUGACAGAGACGGUGGUAUGUUCAGGCAUAUCCUCAACUUCAUGAGGAACUCCAGGCUACUGAUACCUGAUAACUUCCAAGAUCUCGACCUCCUGCUGGAAGAGGCUAAAUAUUUCGACAUCACACAACGCCUGAAGAACGGCGUCCUUCAGAGAGGCGCGGUGACAGGAGGCGGAGCGGGGCCGUUCCCCAAGGCCUCCGAUCUCUCUUCCCGACCGGGCCAAGACGCCUACGAGUGCGUCGCACUGCACGUGAGUCCGGACCUGGGAGAGCGGAUCAUGCUGAGCGGAGACCGAUCGCUGCUGGACGAGGUGUUUCCUGAUACGAACCAGGCGGUGAUGGACACCAGGACGGGAGUCGCGUUUCCCCUAAACGGUUUCUGCAAACUGAACUCCAUGCAAGUGAUAACGAGGCUGCUGAACGCUGGCUUCCAGAUAGCAGCCAGCAACGGAGGUGGAGUUGAGGGCCAACAAUUCUCCGAAUACCUUUUCAUCAGGAAAGUCUUGCCCGGCUGAAAGCUCAGAGAAAACAGUUUAUGUUUCCGUUGAAUAAUAGGGUUAUUGAAUUUGAGCCUUAUCGUGCUACUGGAACUUUGAAGAUUAUCACUAUGCCUUCGAGUAGAAGGAUAAUGCAGGUUCUGAAGGCCAAGGUCGAUUUCAUGGUCAUCACAAAACAUCACGUGGUAAAAUUACGUAUCAGAUCUUUGACUAAUACUUGAUAAGUAUACUCAGA